GGUGCCAUAAAAGGAAAAUUGCAGGAGCUUGGGGCUUAUGUUGAUGAAGAGCUUCCUGAUUAUAUUAUGGUCAUGAUGGCCAACAAGAAGAGUCAGGAGCAGAUGACAGAGGAUCUUUCCCUUUUUUUGGGGAACAACACUGUCAGGUUUACUGUAUGGCUACAUGGUGUGUUAGAUAAACUUCGAUCUGUAACUACUGAACCUACUAGUCUAAAAUCUUCAGACUCUAACAUCUUUGAGAGCAGCCUGCCUUCCAGCAAAAGCAGUUCACGUGGGAGUGAUGAGAGACGGCGUGAGGAAAUCCUACCACCUCUUGCAGUCUCUAGCACUCGGGCUGAAAGAAAUGACUUCAGAGUUUCAACCAGUACACUGGAGCAGAGAGCUGCUGCUGCCCGGCAAUCUUGUGAAGAUGGAGCUGCAUCCCACUUAAUGUCAACAGUUAAGCCUCUAAAGGAGUUGUCACCUUCAGAAGCUGUGAUUGACAUUAAACCUGAACCAGAUGAUCUCAUUGAUGAAGACCUAAAUUUUGUGCAGGAGAAUCCAUUGUUGUCUCGGAAGAAAGCUGUUGUGACUGUAACAUAUGGACCUCCCCGUCCUACUGCUGAAAUCUAUAGACCACCAGCUAUCAGAAGCAUGGACAGCCAAAUAUACUUACAAAGAUUGCCGCAGCAAGGGAGCCUACAGAGUGGUAGACAGUUAGACAUGGAAAGCUGCAGGGCUUUGGAAACAAUCCAGAUAUGUGAUCCAGAAGCAUUUAGCAGUUUAGCAGAGAGUUACAGGCCUGCUUCCAAACUGAGCGCUGAUAAAAUCAACAGCGAGUUGCAGGAAGAAAGCUCCAGGAAGAGAAAAUUGCCAGUUAUAAGCUCAGUGGUCAAAGUGAAAAAGUUCAGUGAUGAUGGGGAGGAGGAAGAGGAAGAGGAAGACUAUGGGUUACGAAUAGGAAGUAUCUCCAGCAGUGUGUCUGUACCAGCAAAGCCUGAAAGAAGACCUUCACUACCACCCUCCAAACAGGCCAAUAAGAAUUUAAUAUUGAAAGCUAUAUCUGAAGCUCAGGAAUCUGUUACAAAGACAACCAACUAUUCUACAGUUCCACAGAAACAGACAGUUCCAGUUGCACCCAGAACAAGAACUUCCCAAGAUGAGCCUCUGUUAGAAGUGAUCCAUGUCCAGAGUCGGCCUUCCAGAGUGGGAUCCCAGAUUGAGGCAGAAGAGCCCAAGGAACAGACAUUAGAAAUAAUUCAAGGAGCUCAACAAAGGCAGCUCUUUUCCCGACUUCAGAUUGAACCAUUAAUUGAAGGAACCUUGCAAAUGACUCAAGAUUAUUAUGACGUGGAGUCUAUGGUCCACACUGAUACUAGAUCAUUUAUUCUGAAAAAGCCAAAGUUAUCUGAGGAAAUAGUAGUGCCACAGAACCAGGAAUUGGGAAAGACAGCUGCAGAGGCAAUGCGGGCACUUUCAGGACGUCUUAUACAGACAAGAGAGCAGCUGGCACAACCAGAAAAACCUGCUAGCCCCAAGUUCAUUGUCACACUGGAUGGUGUCCCCAGCCCACCAGGGUACAUAUCUGAUCAAGAGGAGGAGGAGAUCUGUAUAACUGAAGGAGUGAAGCCAGUUACCCAAAAUGUAGCUGCAAACAAGGGAUUAAAAAGCUUUCAAGCACAGCAGAUGCAAGUUAUAAACAGGCAGCUGGAGAGUCCUUAUGUGGAGAUGGAGGAAUUGACUGUGUUGCAGAAGCAAGAGAAAGUGCUUGAGCGUUGCAAGUACUGGCCUGCCUGUAAGAAUGGAGAUGAAUGUGCAUAUCACCACCCAACACUACCAUGCAAGGUAUUUCCCAGUUGCAAAUUUGCUGAUAAAUGCCUGUUUAUUCACCCAAACUGUAAAUAUGAUGCAAAGUGUACUAAGCCAGACUGCCCUUACACUCAUGCCAGCCGACGGAUCCCAGUGCCGCCUCCUAAACCAGCACCACUACAGGCACCUCCAGCAACCUCCAACAGUCAGCUCUGCAGAUUUUUCCCUGCUUGUAAGAAAAUGGAAUGUCCAUUUUAUCAUCCAAAACAUUGUCGAUUUAAUACCCAAUGUACAAGACCAGACUGUCCAUUCUACCAUCCAACUAUUGCUGUACCUCCACGUCAUGCCUUGAAAUGGACUCGAACUCAAACCAGUGAAUAAUUAUCACACAAUUUGUGGAUGAAAGUUUCUGCCUUUAAACACUGAUGGAGAGGAAAAGAGGAUACUACAAAACCUUUCAUCACACCUUUGGAAGAUUGAAUAUAUAUAGUUUUCAUAAAAUGAAAUUUGAUUGCAUACUUGAAAUGUCUAAUUUUCCAAAUUUGUAAGUUUAAUAGCUGGUUUUACUUUUUUUUUUACACUGUAAAGAGAACAUCUGUGGAGGGAAAGAAUUUUACUUUAAAUUCCAUUAAAAAUUGCAAGACAUAGUUUGUAUUUUACUCUGGUUUAGCCUGGUUUUUUUUUUUGCUCAAAAAUUAUUUUUUAAACUAGAAUCAGUUUGUUUUAAAAGGGCUGUUCUGCCAGUGCAAAUGAUCAUUAUAUUACUUUUAUUUGGGGAAAUUACCAUAAUGUUCUCUAGAUAUACAUAGUCAAAUUGAUGUCUGAGUAGAAUAUUAAUUUCAGUUCUCAUACAUCCACUUUUAUUACCUGAUGGUUAAACAAUAGAUACCCUCUUGUGGGAUGGAAAGUUAUAUUUUUUUAUUCAAUGAAUAGUAGAUAGACCCUUGUUAAUAUGACAUAGAAGAUAAAGGCAAGAGGGAAAGUCACCAUUAGAAAGAAAUUGUUUUUAAAGGUAGCAAACAAAAUGAGUUGUUUCAUUGUUUUUGAAUUACAGCGCAGUUCAACUGGAAAUCCAAUUUUAAGGAUAAGUGUAGGCAUCAGUGAGGGAGAAGGCAUCAUCUUGAAUCUUAUCUUCAAGAGACUAUAUUGUUCUUCACUCAGCACUACGACGAAUAAUCUGUUGUAAUCAUCUCCCUCCAGGGAGCACCUGUUAACUUCUAUAGCAAAGAUAAAUUCAUUUGAAUGGUAACGGUGUAGAAAUAGAUUAAAAUCUGUAAAUCAUCUGUUCAAUGAUGUAAACAACUAAACAGUAACAUGAAUGCACUUUUUUAUUAAAUCUUUUGUAUCUUUUAGGGAACCACAUUUUCACAAAAAUAUACAAAAGAUAUUUUUUACAAAUAUUUACAUUAGAUAGCAUAAAACAAUGUCACUAGAUAUCUUAAUCAGAUUUGACAAAUAUAUUCUUGAAUUCUGAAUUUGAACACUCCAGAAAUUAAUUGAAAAUAUUAUUUGUGUAGAUAAAGUAAUCAAAGUUUAGCUCAUAUUCAAAUUUAAAAAAUCUUAAUUAAUGCAAAAAAUCUGAAGAUUUAAUUUAAAUAUUUUAAAAUAACAUACAAACUACAAUAUUGUAUGAUUACAGGGAUUGGAUGGUUCUGGCCAAAACCAAAAUGGGAGCAAACUUAAAACCAUGAUCCUUAGUACAGUAAUACAUGAACAUACACCUUUGGACUAGUCCAGAGUACAUUUUUGGUUAAAGCAAGGGGGAUUGUCUGACAGACACCAUAAUGAAACACAAACUAUCUAAAAAUACAACUGGAUCAGUGAUUUUUAAGCUUAAAGAACUUCAGUAAGAAUUUUCCAAGAGUUACCAGACAGUUGAACAAAGGAUAAGAUCUUCACGAGGAACAGUACUGAAACAGUGAUUUCGACCAUUCUCUCCACUGACCGGAAUGAAAAAUAAAACUGCAAGUGAAGUUUAAUAGAAUUUUUAAAUAUAUCCAUUAGCUAGCUGUACCUUUCAGAAGCAUGCUUUACCAUGGAGCUGCUUUCCCUUCCGGGUGUGAGACAAAAGUGAAUCAUAAUCUUCAAAGGCAGCAAAACAGAUUAAUAACUGCACCUAUUAAUUUCAAUAGUUUGAUGUCUGUCACCUAUUGCACAAAGUUUAAAAUAAGGCCAAUCUGCUGAUGGUUGUUCUUCUCUAACAAGAACUCUAGGGGUGUCUCUAGACUACAUCUUUCGACAGAGGGAUGUAAAUUAGUCACUUCAAAAUUGCA